GAUAUAUACAAAUGGCAGAAACGGUUUGUUUGAAUGUAGGAGGAAAGAUUGCAGAAUUGUUGUUUAAGCCAAUUCAACGACAAUUUGGCUAUCUCUUCUGCUUCAACAAUAACAUUCAAGACCUCCAAACUCGACUAGACCAACUAAAAGCAUUGAGAAACGAUGUACAAGCAAGGGAAGAUGCUGCAAAGAGGAUGCGCCAAACUCUCGGUGAAACAGCCGAGUUGUGGACUAAGGAUGCAAAUGGAAUAAUUGUAAAAGCAGAGAGUGUUCUCAAUGAUAAGGCCCAGCUUCUAAAAGGGUGUUUCUCAAUCAAAUGGUGUCCUAAUAUAAGCUUGCGCUUUUCAUUGGGCAGGAAGGGGAAGAAGUUAUCUCUGGUACUCAUCGAGCUUCUUCAAUCCGGUGGUCAGUUGCCACACACAGGUCACGCCUUACCCAUGCCGUCCAUAAAUAUGCGCGAUUACAAUGGAGAUGCUCAAGAUUUCGACAGUCGAAGUCAGAUUAUGCAAGACAUCAUUCAUAUGUUAAGGGACGACAAUACAAUGUUAAUUGGGAUAUGCGGGAUGGGAGGCAUUGGAAAGACAACGUUCGCUAUGCAAGUUCUUCAAAAGGUAAAAGAUUUCCAUAAGCAUUUAUUUGAAAUUCAAGUUAUUUCGUCUGUCUCGAGUAGUCCCAAUUUCAAUGUUAUCCAACAAAAAGUGGCAGAGAUGAUAGGAGAGUUUUCAGUUAAAGAAAUGGUGAAUGAGUUUGAAAGAGCGCAUUGUUUACGAAACGCUCUUAGUAACAAAAAAGUUGUUAUCUUGUUGGACGAUGUUUGGGAAGAGUUUGAUUUAAAUGCUUUUGGUUUUCCAUUAGCAAAAUCAGAUGCUGGGUGUUGCUGUAAAAUUAUUUACACAUCUAGAAAUAAAGAUUUGUGGUCAGGUGAACAGAACAUUACCAAACAAGAAAUCUCCCUUGAAAUAUUGUCACGUGAAGAAGCCUUGAAUUUGUUUAAAAGAAAAGUGAAUAUGUCUGAUGAUGAUAUAGAAUUCCAUUGGAAGAAUGAAAUAGGAAGAAAAAUUGUGAAUGAAUGUACAGGACUGCCCCUCGCGCUUGAAGUCGUAGGAGGCGCUCUCGUAAAUAAGAGCAAAUACGCGUGGAACGAUAUGCUUUUCAAGUUGCAGAGUCAACAACUACACAAUGACAAGAUAGACAAGGUCGUGCAGACGAGUUAUGACUUGUUAGAAGAUCCCAAUGCCAAAUGUUUGUUCUUGCUAUGCUGUUUAUUCCAAGAUGAUGAAGAGAUUCCUAUUGAGACGUUGUAUCGUUAUGCGGUGGGUUUGCAACUCUUCAAAGGUAUAAAUGAUCUAAAAUGUAUAAGUGACCGUGUCUACACCUUACUAGACGAACUAACAAGGAAACAUUUACUAAUGAAGGUUAAGGAAUAUGGAGUGAAGAUGCAUGAUGUGGUGAGAGAUGUGGGAAUUUCAAUUGCUAAACAAGAACAUAACGGUUUUAGUUUUCUAAAGUGUUAUGGUGAACAUGAACAAGAGAACACCCUUAGUCCGCACACUAAGAUGAUUUCUAUAUUAUUCCAAAAGCGUUCAGAAGUCCCCGAUACGAUGGAAUUUCGAGGUUCAAAAUUGGAACUGCUACGGUUGGAUAGUUCACAUUUUUAUGCUAAAAUAUCUAGAAAUUUAUUUCAAGGUGCGAAUAAUCUCAAAGUUCUAGAUAUAGUCGGCGGCAUUAUUACUGAGUUUCCUAAUUCUUCUUCUUUUCCAUACUUAGCCAAGUUGAAAAUGUUAUCCCUAAAGGGAUUGACUUUGCAUACGACAACCAAUGUAUCUUUCAUUGGACAUAUUAAGUGCUUGGAGAUCCUCAGCCUUCGAAAGUCCCGUAUAAAAUCUUUGACAAACGAAAUAAGUAAGUUAUCAAACUUAAAAUUGUUGGAUUUGUCUGGGUGCAAUUGUUUCAUAAACAAUGGUAUUUUUUCUAAGCUUACUAAUCUACAAGAAUUGUAUAUGUGGGGUAGUUUUAAGGAUUGGAGGCUACAAACAGACGAUGUUAAUGGUGGAGACAAUAAUGCAGCAGCAGGACUAGAUGAAUUGAAUUGUUUACAUAAAUUGUGGAGAUUGGAAUUGGAAGUACCCAACAUAGAACAAGUGCCGAGAGAUGUUAGGCUAUUUUUUUCUUCAAAGUUAGAAGAAUUCAAGAUAAGAAUAGGAGGAGAAGAAAAUAUUAAAUUUGGAAGUGGAGAAAGACAACUGUUGUUGAAAAAUGUUAGAGACAAUAACAGUUUGUUACAUGAACUUGGCAUCUUAAUAGAAAAGGGCAUUACCAGUUUAUCUAUAAGCAAUGAUCUUGGCAUGUGGGAGAAAAUGCAUUUAAACAGUUUCCUAUCAUUGAGAAAAGUUUCCCUUAAACAUUGUGGAUCAAUUAUUACUCUUUUUCCACAGUCACAAUCAUUGCCACAGAAUUCUGAAAUAGAAGAUAUCAAUGGACUUGGGCGCUAUUUGAAGCAUAUCGAAAUAUACGAAUGCAAUCAAAUGAGGCACUUAUGUUCUACAACAAUAUCGAGGCAUCUCACAAAUCUUCAAGUUCUUAUUCUCCAAAAUUGUGAGGUGACAGAAGAGGUUGUUAAUAUUUACAAUGAGGCGGAACAACUCAAGAAAAUUGAGUUCAAUGCUUUGAAAACUCUUAAAUUUUGUAACUUGCCGAGGCUGGAAUGUUUUUGCAAAGGAAUAAACGAUAUUUAUUUCCAUAAAUUAAAGACAUUGAAGCUAGAAGGAUUGGAGCAAUUUAUCUUUCCGACUAAGUUGGAAAUACCUUGUUUGGAGGUGCUAAAUAUCUUAUCUAUUCCAAAUAUUGUAACUCUGUGCCACAUCGUGGCUCCAUCCCUAAAAGAGUUGUACAUUAAAAGAUGUCACAACUUGAGAUAUGUCUUCUCGACCAGAUUCUUGAUAAGUAUUUCUCAUCUCGAAAUUCUAACCAUUAGAGAAUGCAAAAUGUUGAAGGGAGUAAUAGGAGUAUCUACGGGUGUAGAAGUACAGUGGGAAAAAGCAAUUGAAUUCUCUAAUUUGAUGAGAUUGUAUCUUGGAUUCUUAGACAAAUUCACAAGUUUUGUCAUCGACAACAACAAUUUGGACAAUGAAGAGGAAAAGUCGCAGCAAAGAACACUACUUUAUUAUGAUGAGGUAAUAGUAAGUGAAAAUUUGUUCUUAGUUAAGGGUAGUAGAAUUAAAUUGGGAAUAACUUUAUUAAUAAAAAUUAUUGUAAUAUGGAGAUUUCCCUGAUUAAUGUAAAUGGAUGUGUUUUAUUUUGUAUGCAGGUCUCAUUUCCUUGCUUAGAAAUGUUGAGUAUAGAUGCUUUGCCAAAUAUAAAUUAUAUAGUAGGAUGGAGAGAUGAACGUAAAAAA